AUUGAUCUCUACUAGAUGACCAGGACGCAAAAAAGACCAAGACCUCAGCCCGACCCGAAAUUUCUCCACGAAGCAAGUAGACAAAAACCUCAGCAGAUCACGUCCAACGAACGAAGGGAGCAAGAGGAUUCCCUCGGUCUCGGUCGUUGGAUGUCUCCUUUGGCUGCUCCUCCUCACUCGCCAAUCAUAUCAGUCCCAGCCCCAACUCACCACUGCGCCAUCACCCUUUUCACCUCCAUCUAUCCUCCUUUUUCAGCAGCAGCAUCACCCGCUACUUGGACCGCACAUCGGUCCCUCCCGCUGCCUCUGUCGGUCCGCUGUUGCCGCCGCUCGUCUCCUUCCGAUAUGGAGGGAGCUUCAGGACCUAGUUUGUUUCCUUUGCAUCGCUGCAAGACUCUUCAUCUGGUUAGGCAUGGACAGGGGAUUCACAAUGUAGAGGGAGAUAAGAACUACAAAGCUUACAUGAACCCAGAUUAUUUUGAUGCACAACUCACUCCAUUAGGUUGGCAGCAGGUCGAUAAUCUGAGGAAGCAUGUUCAGGCAUGUGGACUUUCCAAGAAGAUUGAUUUAGUCAUAACAUCUCCUUUGCUGAGGACUCUUCAAACAGCUGUUGGAGUAUUUGGUGGCGAAGCCUACACAGAUAGGUUGGAUGUACUACCACUAAUGGUUGCAAAUGCAGGAAAUAGUGCUCAUGCUGCUAUUUCGAGUGUAGACUCUCCACCAGUUGUAGCAGUAGAACUUUGUCGAGAACAUUUGGGAGUUCAUCCUUGUGAUAAGAGAAGAUGUAUUACUGAUUACCAAUUUCUUUUUCCAGGAGUUGAUUUCUCACUGAUCGAGAGUGAUGAGGAUGUAUUGUGGAAGGCUGAUGUUAGAGAGACAAAACAAGAACUUGCAGAUAGGGGACUGAAAUUCCUAAACUGGUUGUGGACACGGAAAGAAAAGGAGAUAGCAGUUGUUACACAUAGUGGUUUCUUGUUUCACACAUUAGCUUCUUUUGGAGGAGAUUGUCACCCUUUGGUGAAAACUGAAAUAUGUAGACACUUUGCGAACUGUGAACUCCGGUCAAUGGUUAUCGUGGACAAAAGUAAUCUUGGAUCCGAUCCCUCUGCCACGAAUUUUCCUGGAAAGAUUCCUCAUGGACCUGACCACCCUAGUGACAUUACAGAAAACAAUGUGGAAGGAAAGAGUUCCAAGAAUGAACAACCCUAAACCUGUUUCACAAAUGAUCAACUAUUCUUCAGCCGCUGCAAGCUAUAGUGCAGAAAUUGUGUUCUUGUGGGUGAAUGUCAACUUGCAGAAGCCAUUGUUCCUCAAUCCCUGCAUCUGGAUAUGCAAAACCCGUCCUUUAAUACAUAAACAAAUGGAUGUUCUGUACUGUAUGAUCUCUUGUUCCACUCUUGGUAAUUGCAAAUCCUUUUCUAAGCUUUGCAGAAUGGACUGUAGCAUUUAGCCUCGAGUGCUUCUUAGAACAAGUAGAACUGGUGCAGGAACAUGAAUACUUGUCACUCCAUAUCGAAUGGCAGGUUUUUACUUCUGAUGGGGCCUUUC